AUGGCGCUCAGUCCUCACGAGGUCGCGCAGCUCAGGGUGGCUCUGCAGGACGCGGUGGUGAAGUGCUCCGAGCGGUGUCUCUACCAGUCGGCAAAAUGGGCAGCCGAGCUUCUCAACGCAGUGCCAGAAUCGGACGAGGGCGAGGAUGACGCCGCUGGGGCCGACCUCAAGCACACGUCGCCCAUCUUCUCACCAAACCAGGAUGCCGACGAGGCUGCUCUCGAAGCAAAGGAGCUCAGCAAGUACCUGCUCGCCAAGUCCCUCUUUGACUGCAAGGAGUACGAUCGCUGCGCCGCCGUCUUCCUGCCGGACUCGCUGCUGUCGACUGUCCUCGACUCGCGCCUCGAGAAGCCCCCGGUGGCUGUCAAGGGCAAGGGCAAGUCCAAGGCUACGGAUGACGCGAAGCAGAGUGCGAUCCCGCUGCCCAAGCUGAGCCAGAAGAGCCUGUUCCUGGCCCUCUAUGCCAAAUUCAUGUCUGGCGAGAAGCGCAAGAAUGAAGACUCGGAAAUGGUCAUGGGGCCUCAGGAUCUGGGCACUGUCGUUAACAAGCAGCUUCUCAUCGUGGGGAGGUUUCUGGCUGCUUGGUUUGAGGAGCGGACGACGGAUGAUGACGAGGUCCUCGGAAGCCAAGGUUGGCUGGAAUACCUAUAUGGCAUGGUGCUUGCCAAGGAAAAGAAUGAUGAAAAGGCCUUGGAGUUCUUCAUCCGCAGCGUCCACAAGUAUCCCAUGAACUGGGGCUGCUGGUUAGAGAUGACGUCUCUGAUAUCAAGAGUCGAAGACCAAUCCGCAGGGCUCGCCAACUCUCUCGACCAGCUUCUCUCCAUCUUCCCGACAUCGUCAUUCCUCCUCACUUGCAACGCGCUUCUAGCCUACCAUGCCAAGGAUCUAAUGGCUGCUGAGCAACACUUCAGCAGGCUACUAUCACUCCAUCCACACAGACUGGACUCUUUGGACCAUUAUUCAAAUAUCCUCUAUGUGCUCAACCUGCGGCCAAAACUCGCCUUCUUGGCCCACCUGUGUUCGAGCGUGGACAAAUUCCGACCCGAAUCCUGCGUCGUCAUCGGGAAUUACUACUCGCUAUUGUCAAUGCAUGAGAAAGCAGUGGGAUAUUUCCGCCGAGCACUGACGCUCGACAGAUCAUGUCUUUCCGCUUGGACCCUGAUGGGCCACGAGUACGUGGAGCUGAAGAACACGCACGCUGCCAUUGAAUCAUAUCGGCGGGCUGUGGAUGUCAAUCGGCGCGACUACCGUGCUUGGUACGGCCUCGGACAAACUUACGAAAUGCUGGAAAUGCAUACCUACUCGCUAUGGUACUAUAAAAAGGCAGCAGGUCUUCGCCCCUGGGAUGGCAAGAUGUGGAUGGCGGUUGGGUCGUGCCUCCAGAAGAUGGGCCGAGAGCGUGAUGGCAUCAAGGCGCUCAAACGCGCUCUGCUGGCCGAUGCCUACUAUGACGUUGGCAGCAGCUUUGGAAGCGGCGGAGAUUUACUGGGCGCUCGCGGUGCCACUGGUCAGAUGGAUCCAGAGAUCCUCUUGCAGAUUGCCACCAUGUAUGAUCAGCUCGGCGAAGAAGAGGAGGCCAAAGCGUACAUGGAGCUGUGCAUGGCGCAAGAAGAUGGCGGCCCGGCUGCUGCGGGAAACCUUGGUGAGUCUGUCAGGAUUCACAAUGACUCACCGGGAGGCUCUGAAGGCUAUGCCGAGCGAGAGGAUGCCAACGCAGAAGGGAAUGCAGAGGGCACCGGUGUCACUGCUGCGACCAGCAAGGCGCGGAUGUGGCUGGCCAAGUUCGCCAUGCGCACGGCAGAUUACCAGACGGCGAACCGACUGGCCGCCGAACUGUGUCAGGAUGGAGUCGAGGUCGAGGAAGCAAAGGCGCUGGCGCGCGAGGUGAGAUCGCGGCUUGAGGCAUCGGGGAUGCUGGGACCUGCAAGCUAG